UUCGGAUUCCCACUCUUACCUCCCAAGACGCCCGAGUGCUUCAGAGCUACUAUCAUUCAUUCAUCACUCUUCAAUUUCCACACCGUUGUAUGUUUCUCCCCUCAUUAUUCGAGAAUGUGUUGCAUUCGGCGCGAUCCGUCGUGGCCCGAAUGCCGCUUCACUUACAAAACAAUCAUGAGUUGUCACACGAAGCUAGAAGUCGGAUCUUGAAUCGUCGAGCCAUUCAACAUUUAACCCCCUCGUCAAGUUCAGAGGGGCAUAAGUCGCACCGCUUCAAGAUCUUCAAGGCCCUCCACUUCCAUCAAGGAUUUAUAUCCAGUGACGCGUUGCCGUCGUAUUCCAGACUGCAGAUAUCUUAACUCUACAUCCUUGCAUCUUUGAGAGUCAAGGACUUGACUUGAUUUCACGCCAAGCAACCUAGAAUGAUGCACAGCA